ACAUUCUAUUGUUGGUUUGCGCUCACGUUUAGAGGCUGGUUCAGAGCUUCAGGAUACCAUGAUGAUGGGUGCUGACGGCUAUCAAACUGAUGCUGAAAUUGCAUCUCUGCUGGAAAACGGGAAGGUUCCAAUUGGUGUUGGAGAGAAUACCAAAAUCAGGAAGUGCAUCAUUGACAAGAAUGCCAAGAUAGGAAGAAAUGUGAUAAUUGCCAAUGCUGAUGGUGUUGAAGAAGCUGACAGGCCUGAAGAGGGAUUCUACAUUAGAUCUGGCAUUGUAGUUGUAGUGAAGAAUGCAACUAUCAAAGAUGGAACAGUGAUAUGAAGGAGCUUGUUGCAGUGAUUUGAAGGAGUUUGUUGCAGAAAGUGUAGUAGGAUUAGUUUGCUCCAUUG